GUAUCGUACUAAAUAUGGUUUUGACAAGGGUAUGGAUGCAUAAAUCCGAACAAGACGAAAUUAAUCCCACUUGAUGAUCUCACGAGAACUCGGGAGCUUCGUCGAUCGUCGAUAGGAGGAUUUGUUUCGAUCGGCUCAUCAAUGGCGGCGGAAUCGAAAUCUGUGGCCCUUGAAGGUUUGUGCAAGAUGAGCAUGGAUACUCCUUUUGCACUUCGUGGUAUUGGCUACCUUGCUGGAGCCAAUUCAAAGUACCAAAUGAUGGGUGGGCUUCAGAGUUCAAGAUUUUCGAGUGGUCCGUCCAUUGUGGGCCCAACCAAGCUGAGUGCUGGACUUUGCGGAAGCAGAGCUCUCCAUGGGAGCCAGGUUCUGGCCGAAUCCUCCAAAGGAGCUUUCUUGAAUCGCCCAUUGUCACCUCAUUUGGCUCUUAAGAAGCCACAGCUUAGUGCAACCUAUUCCAUUUCCCAUCGUAUUUUUGGAGCUGUUUUAGCUGGUGGGAUCAUGCUGAUCCCAAUUGCUAUGAAGUUCAGUCUCUUGUAUGAUGUAUGAGAGGCAGUGAAUAUGUUGCGCUUGCUUCAUAUGGUGCAUUUUCUUGAAAUCUCAUUACCGGCACAAGUUCAUAAUAACCUUUCUGGAUCAAACGAACAAGUAAUUGCUGUCUGCUUGUUUUUCUGACAUUUGCAAACUGUAAUGACCGAGAAAUCGGUGGAUGAUGUAAUAAUGAUUGUAUUGUUUAAGACGUUUAGUGAUUGCAUAUUUAUAUGCAACUUUCCUGGUCUUUUGUAUGCACGCGAUCUCGCUCUUGAGCCAUGUUUUA